UCUACGGGGCUCGCGAACGCUGAUCGACUGGCCAGAACAGAUUUUGCUUGGACCAGUUAGGGAGGCCGUCUUCACACUGCGGGCGCUGCUCUUGCUGAAGCCAGCCUUUAACCACACUCCUGUCUGCCCGAACGCUGACAACGUCGGCGAGGACACAACGGGAGCGAGUGCUGACGGAGGACCGAGGCCGAAGGAGGGCGCCGAGCUAUUGCCGCCAUGAUGGAGGAGGAGGAUCCGCCCAAGACGAUCCGGGCGAAGCAGAAGCCUGGAGCUGCCAACAAUGGGUGCACUCGGUCUCUGGAGACCACCACCGUCAAGCGGCCGUGUGGAAGACCUGCUAAUAAGGACCCGUCACCAAUAGCGACGAGGUCCCGGUCUGUGAAGCCGGCACCGCCGAAAGCCAUCGCCACCACGGCUUCUGCCAAGGUGAGAAAGGCUUCAGGUGAACCGGCACCAUACGCCGACGUGAGCGUUCCAUCCACCAGCAAGGGACUUUCACGGAAGGCGCAGAAGGCGAACCGCAAGAUGCGAUCACGGAGCUCCUCCUCAAGCGCUUCCAGCUCUACCACCGUGAGGCAGGAGGAUGGUCGAGCUAAGAAGAAAGCGGCCCCGCCCAAGACGACCCAGGUGAAGCGGAAGCCGGCUGCUGCCGACGAUGGGUGCACUCGUUCUCUGGAGACCACCACCGUCAAGCGGCCGCGUGGAAGACCUGCCAACAAGGACCCGUCACCAGCAGCGACGAGGUCCAGGUCUGUGAAGCCGGCACCGCCGAAAGCCAUCACCACCACGGCUUCUGCUGAGCUGAGAAAGGCUUCAGGUGAACCGGCACCAGACGCCGAUGUGAACGUUCAGUCCACCAGCAAGAGACGUUCACGGAAGGAGCAGAGGGUGAGCCGCAACAGGCGAUCACGGAGCUCUUCCCCGAGCGAUGGCACCUCUGCUGCCGUGACGCAGGAGGAUCGAGCCAAGAAGGAAGCGGCCCCGCCCAAGACCACCCAGGUGAAGCGGAAGCCUGCUGCUGCCGACGAUGGGUGCACUCAAUCUCUGGAGACCACCACCGUCAAGCGGCCGCGUGGAAGACCUGCUAAUAAGGACCCGUCACCAAUAGCGACGAGGUCCCGGUCUGUGAAGCCGGCACCGCCGAAAGCCAUCGCCACCACGGCUUCUGCCAAGGUGAGAAAGGCUUCAGGUGAACCGGCACCAUACGCCGACGUGAACGUUCCAUCCACCAGCAAGGGACUUUCACGGAAGGCGCAGAAGGCGAACCGCAAGAUGCGAUCACGGAGCUCCUACUCAAGCGCUUCCAGCUCUACCACCGUGACGCAGGAGGAUCGAGCCAAGAAGGAAGCGGCCCCGCCCAAGACCACCCAGGCGAAGCGGAAGCCUGCUGCUGCCGACAAUGGGUGCACUCAAUCUCUGGAGACCACCACCGUCAAGCGGCCGCGUGGAAGACCUGCCAAUAAGGACCCGUCACCACCAGCGACGAGGUCCAGGUCUGUGAAGCCGGCACCGCCGAAAGCCAUCACCACCACUCCUUCUGUUAAGCUGAGAAAGGCUUCCGGUGAAAUGGCACCAGAUGUGGAUGUGAACGUUCCGUCCACCAGCAAGGGACGUUCACGGAAGGAGCAGAGGGUGAGCCGCAACAGGCGAUCACGGAGCUCUUCCCCGAGCGAUGGCACCUCUGCUGCCGUGACGCAGGAGGAUCGAGCCAAGAAGGAAGCGGCCCCGCCCAAGACCACCCAGGUGAAGCGGAAGCCUGCUGCUGCCGACGAUGGGUGCACUCAAUCUCUGGAGACCACCACCGUCAAGCGGCCGCGUGGAAGACCUGCCAAUAAGGACCCGUCACCACCAGCGACGAGGUCCAGGUCUGUGAAGCCGGCACCGCCGAAAGCCAUCACCACCACUCCUUCUGUUAAGCUGAGAAAGGCUUCAGGUGAAAUGGCACCAGAUGCCGAUGUGAAUGUUCCGUCCACCAGCAAGGGACGUUCACGGAAGGAGCAGAGGGUGAGCCGCAACAGGCGAUCACGGAGCUCUUCCCCGAGCGAUGGCACCUCUGCUGCCGUGACGCAGGAGGAGGAUCCAGCCAAGAAGAAAGUGGCCCCGCCCACGACCACCCAGGCGAAGCGGAAGCCGGCUGCUGCCGACGAUGGCGGUACUCCAUCUCAGGAGCCCACCCCCUCAAGUGGCCGCGUGGAAGACCUGCAAAUAAGGACCCGUCACCACCAGCGACGAAGUCCCGGUCUGCGAAGCCGGCAACGCCGAAAGCCAUCGCCACCACAGCUUCUGCCACUGCUCCUGCCAGAGUAUGCAUAGAGCUUUCGUUCGAUGGCUUGAUACAGGAGGAAUCCUUUGCCGAUUUCAACCAUGCCAGUAUCACAAUCUUCUUGGUCUUCCUCAUUCUUCAAAAACUCGCAUUUUCUCCAUUUCGGCAUGCAGAGGGUCGUCAGCCUGGCACUCAACAGCUCUUUCAAAAGCCUGUAGUGCUCCACGUACGUUCCCUUCCUUCAGCAGCUUCUUUCCUUCCGACUUGUGAAGCUUGAAAAGCGAGGGCUUUCUUUCCUUGUCUGUUUCGCCAGCCGAAGCUAUGAUUGAGCUGUACACGGUGCUAAUGUCAGCGAGAUUUUGCUGCACAAGCUUUGGCCUGCAUAUCUUCUACUGCAAGCGUUUCCAUUCUAGCACGAAAGGGUUCAAUUCACACCAACCGCCACACGGGCGAACCGACACCAGACGCCGACGGGUACGUUCCGUCCACCAGCAAGGGAGUUUAACGGAAGGCGCAGAAGGUGAACCGCAAGACGCGAUUACGGAGCUCGAUCCUCCCCGACCGAUGUCACCUCUGCCGUUGCCAAGGUGCCAAGCGUCAACAGCGCUCGCGAAGUCACUUCCAAUGGCAGCAGCUGCCACCAUUCCAAGAGGCGAAGGAGCCAUGGCAGAUCUAGGCACUCGUCCCGCAGCGGCCGCGGUGAUCACAAGCGCAAAGAUAGCCACCGUGGGAAGUCCACCACCGACUAGGAGAGCAGCCGUGGAAGACGGAAUGAAGCAUGAGCUGACGCCGACGCUUCAAGAGCAGUACGUUUGCAGAGAGCAUGAGUGUCAAGGGUGGUAGAAAGGAAAAAAAGGCCCCGCCACACCCGUAGCAGGGAUUCAUCGUCGAGUAGUAGAGGUCGGCGAGUCAUAUGUAUGAAGACUCGCAUUUUCAGUUGUAGAAAUGGCUGCUUAUUGUGUUGCUAAUUUAAAUUUUAAAUAAAAUGCAAAUAAAGAUUUCA